AUGCUGGGGCUCCCGCAGCGCAGUGAGGCCGACUCCGCGCCGCACCCCGAGGACGCCGUCUCGACCACACCGCCGCCGAGCUCGUUGGGCGCGGUGUCCGCCGCCAGCGUUGCCGUGCCCAAUGCGCUCGCGGCCACUGGCGCUGGCGCCGAGAGCAUCGACGUGGAGGCGGGGGCCGGUGUGGAGGCGGAGGCGAACGCCCCUGCCUCGACGAGGCUGCCCCCCCGCGGCCUCAGCCGGCUCAGUCGGCACAAGAGCGCCGCCGACUCUGCGUCGCCCCUGCCCGAGGAGGAGCCGGACGAGGAGGAGUCCAGCCUGCCUCGGCCCGAGAAGUGCUGCUGGGCCUGCAGGAAUCAUUGCGGCAAGGGGAAGGGCGGCAGCUGCUACUGGUGCUUCGUCAUCGUCUUUUUCAUGUUCUGCUUCGAGUUCCCCGUCUUCCUGGUUUGGAUGGUGAACAGUCCUAUGCCGAACCAAUACUGGAACGAGAUGUAUGGCAAGUUUCCAGUACUGGAGGAUCACACCUUCAUCGUCAACGACAACAUCUCGCGCUUCACGCUUAAUGUGUCCCCCAUCCCCACGGCGUUCUCGCAGUGCAACCACUCCUGUGGCGGCGGGGCUGACUCGAGUGCUGACGUGAGCUUCAGUGUUGAUAUGAAAUUGAGCGCCCCUGAUUUCGAGCAUACAGCCUACCCGGUGCUGCUGGCUUCAAACGAUUUUCAGAAUUGGUGGGUGGCCGCUGACAAGCGCGAUUCGAUGACGGUGCCAUUCUUUCCGAGCCACAGCGCAGAGAACGCUGCUAUCUACCAGCACACGACAGGGGAGUGCACCCGCGUGCCUGGGAUGGGCUCCUCCGGCGCGGAGACCACAACCUUGCCGCCGACGGAGCUGUUCGCUUCCACUCCCACUUACGUAAUGGUCUGUGUGGCGUGGUCAUCGGACAAGAUUGCCUGGCUGGAGGAUGAGGCGAACCACGAGAUCAUGGGUGCUGAGCGUGAGAACAUCGGUCUUCACUGCGACGCCGUCGGCGGGGUCUGCGGCUGGUCGUGUGGGUCGAGCUCCUCGGACACCGAUUUGCCCGGCUGCUCGGCGGGCGUGCUGAACGUGAACAACGAGGAGAGCACUGUCGCUGGGCGCAGCGUGCCGAACGCGAGCUUCGGCGGCUCCAUCGACGUGAGGGCUUGCUUGUCGGACCCUGGGUCCACGGAGUGCAUCACCUCGACGGUCCCAUUCUCGGGGUGGCCGUGCACCCAGUGUCGCUACACGACGCGCGGGGAGAAUGAGAGGAAGGAAUACAUCGACUACGACAGCCUCCCCCGGAUGCAGGUGAACUUGCGUGGUGCCGCGCAGGCCGACGGCUCACUGGUGGGAGCCGAUUCAGUGCCCCGCGCCUACGUCUUCACGACUGGCGUCGAUGCCAGUGGCGAGGGCCCUGCUGGAAUGAUGAGCGGAAAAUGGAAGAGGCUUUACAACCCCGCUGCAUACAAUGCCCUCGAGUCCCCCGCGCCAAUUCCGUUAGCACUCUACGAGGAAGAGGAGGUGGAGGACGACGAGACCACGCUGGCGCCGGCCUAUCAAGACGCGAGCUGGAAUGCGAUGCAGUUUCGGGACAUGAACAAGAUCUCGCUAAAGCCUGACAAGUGCUUUGCCGCGCGUGGGCCGCUCUACAUUGUCGCCUGCGCCGUGAAUAGCAGCAUGUAUGCGGAUAAGUUCGAGCUCGAGCUCGCGCAGACGGUGGCACCGCCGCCGUUCACCGACCGGUGCUUGGCGGUCGCCGGAAGGUGUGCGCACGCAUGCAUGGACCAAGGUUCUCCCCUGGAGCACUGUAACGCGGACGGCUCCAUCGAUUUUGCAGUGCUGACCUCGAAUUUCGAGACACCGGCAAACGACGGGUACGCAGUAAACUUUUUCGUGCUGGUGCUGCUCAUCGGCUUCGCGGUAAGGCUGGUGACGUAUUUCCCUGGCCUCUUCAUCCCAUACAAGCAUCCCAAAUACUACGACCCAGCAAUGACGGGUAAGCUCAAGUACAUCGCCGUCUGCGCGCCGAGUGGAGGUGAGACCAAGGCCUGCGUGCUGCGUAACGUGGUCGGCGCCUUCUCGGGCAUGCCCAGGAAAUGCCAGUGCCCCUUCUAUGUCGUCUUCGCCGACGAGGGCCAUAGGCACCCACAGAAGGUGAUGUUCAGAGCCCUGGUGACGGUCCUGCAGCACGUCCCAGACAUCUCCCUGAAUCAGAGCAAGGCCAACCGCUCGCCGCGGAACGGGUCCAUCGGUGGCUUCAAGGAGGACAACCUUAAGACCUUUACCAAGCUGUGGGUGGAGCAGACCCGCCUCUUCAGGCUUGAGCAGUGCAACACCGCGAAGACUGCGGACAAGAUCAACAAGCUGAGGCAGGCACUCAAGGAGGAUGAGGAGCCCACGGCGGAGAUCAGGAAGCUGGAGAAGCAGCUCGACGACCUGGCUGGGGUCAACGCGCUCAAGACGCUGCAGGCCCGCGCUGGCUGGCCGAAGAGCGGGGACGGCUCGGAGGGUGGCGAGCUCAUCCGUGACCUCGAGGAGGCGCUUCAGCAGGUCCGGAAGGAGCUCGCGUGCGGCGAGAAGACAUUCGACGGGGCUGGCACGUGCGACAAGCGCGUGCCAGUUCACUUGGACGAUGUCGAGGCCUAUUCCUGGACCCCGCCCGCGUCGAGCUCGAAUCCGACCCCGGCGCCCCUGUACACGCUGCACUACCUUGCCCGCGCCAAGCCCGACGAGGAUGAUCGCAUCCUCAAGGUGCAGCACGUGGCCCGCGGGACGUGGUACUACAAGGUCCCCCAGCUGGAGGAGGCCAGGGGCCAGAAGAGCUGGCUCGAGUGGCGCCGGCACGCGCAGGAGUUCACCGACGCGGACUUCGACACGAAAAAGUAUCUGGUCCCUCUGCGCACGAGCCGUGGUAAGGCAGGAGGCCUCAACUUCGUGGAGAACUAUUUGUUUGACUACUCCAUGAAGCUGGCGCCCUCCGCGAUGGAAGCCCUGGAGCCCGAGCGCUACAAGCACUCCCUAUUCAGCAUCGCCGAUGCCCGCCACCAGUUUCAGCCGGACUUUAUGCACGAGACGAUCCCCUUCUUCUUCAGGAAGCUCAAGGACCAGGAGCAGGAGCAGGAGGUGGACACGUCUGUCGCGUUCACGCAGUGCCCUCAGUACUACCCCGAGAUGCCCGACGAUGUCGACUUCCUGGAUACGAACAACUCGAACUUCUUCCGUAUGAACUGCAUGCUCAGAAACUGCUCGGGUGGCGUCAGCUCCUGCGGCACUGGCGGCACGUGGCUGAUCCGCGACAGGCGUGCGGGCAUUCGUGGCACGGACAGCAUUUGGGACAUGGAGUCGGUCGAGAUGAAGCGGCAGGGCUUCACACAGUGCAUCGAGUACACCUUCUUUCACGAGAGCUGCAAGGUGGAGGACACUGCAAGCAGUCUGGACCGUGUGGUCAAGGGCAAGCAUUCCCAGUACAUCAACAGGCGCCUCGCGUACGGAAUGGCGAAGGACCCGGUGGAUUAUUUGGCCGCUGUGCAGCGUUGGGCCGAGGGCGGCGUCGUCCUUUCUCUGCAGACUUUCCUCGGCUGCGAGGAGGGGAUCCACAUGAUCUGGAUGACGUUUAUCCUUUUCCUCUCCUUCAUUGGCUCGCUAGUAAACCUGGUCUACGGGUACGGCUACACCGGCCUUCUCGAGGAGUUCAGUUUGCGCGUUUUCGGCGGCGACUUGUUCUACGUCGCCAUGGUCGAUGUCGCCACGCAGCUCUCGGACUGGUGCGUGGCCUACGGGGCCGUGGAGGAGGUGUACAAGUAUAUCUUCAUAGACAUGUUCCUGAACGUUCAAGGCUGGCUCAUUGCCAUGCUCCUCUUCUUUGUUGUGCUCACCAUAAUCACGAUGGCCUCCCACUACCUGCAUCACUGCGCCUGCUGCGGGAGGAAGCGCAAGCUUCGCCGCACUCGUUUCCCGACCUCCUUGGCACAGUGGGCGAGGCUGCUGAUCACGAUGGAUAAUUUGACCUACUUCUUGUGGUUUUGGACCGCCUUCUUCUGGGUGGGCUUUAAUUACUACGCCGUUUACUUCAAAAGGUACUACCACUUCGAGGCAAGUGGCAUGGUGCUCUUCUCGUGGAUGAUGCAGGUGCUGUCGUGGUCGAUGGUGAUCUCCGCUACCGGCCGCUACCGAAUGGACCAGAGCAUGGCGGCUAACGAGGUGUUCUUCCUCAGCCUGACGAACAUUUGGCGCACCACGCAGAUGUUCUAUAUCACCGCGCCGCUGACUGCCUACUCGAUCGUCAUGGGAAUAUCUGACUUCUUGAAGAACAGGAUGCUUGGAGUGGACAUCAGCUACUGGGUUGGCGGUGACCGUGGGGCCGUGUCAAAGGCAAUGACGCAGUGGUGGACGCUCUUGUUAGUCUUGGCGAUGAUCGUGACGCACAUUCUCUUCUGGUUCACCGAGUUGCUGAUCCAUGCCGACGUCGUUGGAAUCUUCAUCGUGACGUUCAUCGGACUGGACGUCAUGCAUCCGUGCGCGUUCCUGUGGCUCGGCGUGGAGGCGGAGAGCCUGCCGAAGCCGGCGGUUGGCCCCAUGCCUGUGUGGGUGCGGUUCCUGCGCAGGACCCUCCAGCUGCUGCUUUGCCCGGCCUUCUGGCGCAACUGCAUGCGCAAGGUGGUGUUCCACCCACGGACAGCCCUGAUCGUGCAGUGGAUCGGCCCUCUCCAGAACGUGCUGAUGCCCAUCCUCACCAUAUGGAUGCCCGAGCUGGGCAUCAACAACGCACUGCUGCUGCUCGCGUCGGUCAAGUGA